AUGAAGGCAUGGUAUAGUAGGAGUGACAUCUACUUGAUGUACUAUUUGUAUUCUGAGAAAAAAAUGGUUACAUAUAAGGGAAAUCAUUUAAUAUCACAUGUCACACUUAGUGCGACAAGGCAGGUCUUUCAAAUUUCUGGGAUUUGGACAUUAGUAGAUGGUUUAGACCUCAUUUCCGCUUCAGAAGGCGCCAACUUGGAUAUGAAACCAGGCUUUAUAAGGUAUCGGUUAGUUUGGCUGCGAAUCUUUGAUCUGAUAUCAAUGUCUUUGAUUUUAGGAUCUGGAAUUGAAUUUGAGAACAAUAAAAAAAUAAUGCUUAUCGAAUACAAGUUGUGUUAA